AUGGCUACUGUUGUUUUUUAUAAUGAAUUUAUGCAUAUUGGCUCAGCUUGGCUUGGCAUGGAAUUGGAUGUUAAGCAAGGCACCGCUAAGCUUUCUGAUGAGAAUCUACUCUUUCUCUAUUUUUCUCCAUCAACACGGGCUGUGUUUCAACAACAAUCUCGAGAAGGACUGGCACCAGUUUUGGAGGACAACGUAGGAACCGGACCGCAUUCAACAUUCUGCCUUUGUCGAAUGGACGACGUAUCCGGUCAAAUUCAUUCCAUCGAUGCGUGUCGGAUGGUCGGUGCAAUGGAGUGCUAUCGUAAGAGUUCUAUGAAACCCUGUAAGCCACUGCUAAGAAUGGAGUGGUGUCAAGUGAAGAUCAGAACCGCAAGCAAAACAUCACAAGGGAGUAAAAAUGUGGCAAAUGAUGCUCUACACGUUGCCAAGCCAACUUUACGGAUACCAAACGGCACCAGACUAACCGGAAGCUGGUGA